AUGCUUGCGAUAAAGCUUCUCUUAGGCCUCUCAAUGGCCGCCCAAUGGACAACGGCCUGCACCGAGCCAGAACCCGACAGCGAGUUCGGCAAUCUAUUCCAAAUCGGCGAAGACGGUCCAGCUCCCCCAGAGACCGUUGGCUACUUCAUCAACCACGUCGGCCUGCUCACCACCAACCUUCCCGCCCUCAAGCACUUCUAUGGCGACAUCCUCGGCAUGCGCCAGAUCUUCGACGUCCAACUCACCCCCGAGUUCACCAUCACCUACAUGGGCCACUCCCAGGGCGGGCGAAACGGAACAGGAUUCCAAACGGGCGCAGAACUAAAUCUCGCAAAGAACAACCUCGCCGGACUUCUUGAGAUCGUGCAGUUCAACGUGUCCGACGAUACUCUGCUCGGCUCCCUGAAUCGAACAAAUACCUUCGGCCACAUCGGCCUUAUUGUUCCGGAUAUCGUCAAGGCGCAAGAUUACUUGAUCAGCCAGGGUGUUGAGAUUCUUAAGCCGUAUGGGGAAGCGAUUGAGACGUUUACGGGGCCGGUCAAUAAUGCGUUUGGGAUUGGAGAGUAUGCGGGCGUGCAUCAGGCUGCGAAGCAAGCCCUCAUGGAGGCGCAGGGGCUCAUUGGGUUGCCUCUGCUGAUGAUGGUUGCUGAUCCGGAUGGAAACCUGGUUGAGAUUCAGCAGCAGGAACAGCCGGCUGGGGUGCUGUGA